AUGUCCGAAACAACUAUUCCUACUAAGGAAAUUUCACCCGCACCAGAGAAUCCUUCCAACCAAGCCCAAAAAGAGGCAGUGGAUGUGCAAGAUAGUAAUGAACAGGCUGCUGAAGCGAAAGUUGAGCAAGCUGAAGUAGCUGCUGAUCAAGUGCAAGAAGGGAGUGCUAAUGGGGACGAACAACCACAAACUACUAAUGCUGCUAGAAAUGCUGAAAAUAUCGUUGUUGCCUCUGCUUUAGAAGGUGGGCGUGAAACUUCGAAUAAGAUUCUUUACGUGGGUUCGCUUCACAAGUCCGUUUCCGAAGAUUCAAUUAAGGAACUCUUUGCUGUGGCUGGUCCCGAUUCGAUCCAGAGUGUCAAACUUCUUAAUGAUAAAAAUAAGAUUGGGUUCAACUACGCAUUCAUCGAAUUCGAUAAUAAUGACUCCGCCACAGCAGCAUUAACCCAAUUGAAUGGAACUGUACUAGCCCUGGCAGAGCUUAAAAUCAAUUGGGCUUUCCAGUCUUCAAAUGUUAUAUCCAAUUCUGACCAGAAUGGUGGAUAUUCUGACCCGAUGUUCAACAUCUUCGUGGGAGACUUGCUGCCUGAGGUAGAUGAUGAAGCAUUAAAUAAGGCAUUCCAAAAAUUCGGCAGUUUGAAGCUGGCAAGAGUAAUGUGGGACAUGCAAACCUCGAGAUCCAGAGGCUAUGGGUUUGUAAACUUUAGCGAGCAGCAAGAUGCAGAAGAAGCAUUAAGGACAAUGAAUGGAGAGUGGAUCUGUGGCAGAGCUAUCAGAUGUAAUUGGGCCAGUCAUAAACAGGUUCAAAAUAGCCAAAAUAAUGCCCAACCCCAGUAUGGGGUGAGGAGAAGAUUCAACAGUAACAAUAACAGUCAUAAUAAUAAUCAUAAUAAUCAUAAUAAUAAUAACAAUAGUAACAAUAAUAAUAUUGGAAAUGGGCAUAAUGGGCAUAAGUUCAAUGGAUACAGGCUGUACAACAAUACCCCACAGUUUGAGCAAGGUGAGCAGUUCCAAUCUCAGGACCCUAAUAUUCUUAUCCAACAAUUGCAAAAUCAUGGUCAACAUCAGCAACAUCAGCAACAGCAACGCCUUCAGCAACAGCUUCAACAACAGCAUGAAUCUAUCAAUGGCCAACAAUAUCCCUCCAAUGAAAAUUUACCUGAAGCCGACUUCCAUGCUCUCCAACAUGAACAGGAAAACAAUAACAACAACGGUAAUAAUAGUGUAAUGCCUCCAAGCAAUAUGCCUGUAAUGUCUCCACAAUCUUAUGACAUAGUCCUUAGGCAAACACCUUCUUGGCAGACCACGGUUUAUCUCGGAAACAUUGCGCAUUUCACACAGCAAGGAGAUUUAAUCCCGUUAUUGCAAAAUUUUGGGUUUAUUGUCGAUUUCAAAUUCCAUCCUGAAAGAGGUUGUGCAUUUGUUAAAUAUGAUACACAUGAGAGAGCAGCAUUGGCCAUAGUUCAACUUGCGGGUUUCAAUGUGAAUGGAAGACCAUUGAAGUGUGGAUGGGGUAAGGACAGACCUCCAAUGAACCAUCAAUUUAAUAACUUCAGAGGUCCACUACCGCAAAUGUACCAAAGACAAUAG